AUGAAGUUUGUACCAUUAUCAAUUCAUCUUUAAACAAUUGCAGAAUUAUAUGAAAAAUGUGCUCAACUUUCUUAAUAAUUACAUGAAUAAAACUCAAAAACUGAUCAAGAUGCAAAAAGUACAAAUGAAAAUACUUAACUUUCAGAAAGUAUAGAAAUUGAUGAAAUACAAAAUGUUUCUCCUAAAUCAUAAAUUAUUUAAACCAAAGAUAAUAUUAAGCAAAAUAUUAAAAAAAUUAAAUCUCAAAAUAAUUAAAAAGUUUAAAAUUAAUGUUCAGAUUGCAAUCAAGUUUAUGAAGUUAAAGUAAAAAAGAAAAGUAAAAAACAUAAACAUAUUAAUAAAUAGAAAACUAAAAAAAGUAGAUAAUUAGUCAAAUAAUUAAGAUAAUAAUAAUAAUAAUCAAAAUAAUUUGAAAUAGAUUUAAAUGAAAGAACUAAUAGUGAAAAUUCUAAAAUAAAUAAAAAUGAAAUUAUGAAUAAUUCUAUACUUGAAAAUUAAGAUAAAAUAGAUGAUAUUUAAAAUUAAGAUAGUCAAGAUGAAUUUGAAAUUUCAUUAUGA